AUAGAAAGAGAGAGAGAGAACCAAUUUAACAGACUCAUCCAAAUGAAUCUCAGCCGUCCAUUCCCCACCCUCUCUUCUUCUUCCUCCUCGACAAAUCGUAACUAACACCUUCACGAAAUCGAAGAAAACCCUAAAAAAAUCAUGGCUAAAGAGAUUCAAUCUCCUCCGCAAUCUCCGUCACAAACCACCGGGAUCACGUUCUCCUCUCCCUCUCCUUCUCCUCCGUCUCUGUCGAUGAUGUUAUCCUCCACCAACAACGCGUUCUCGCUCCUCUCGAAAGGGUGGAGAGAGGUACGAGACUCGGCCGACGCGGAUUUGCAGCUGAUGCGGAAACGAGCCAACUCAGUGAAGAAUCUAGCGUCGACGUUCGAUCGCGAGAUCGAGAAUUUCCUCAAUAACUCGGCGAUGUCCGCGUUUCCCGUUGCUCCAUCGUCGUCGUCGUCGUUUUCGAGUGAGAUUGGGAUCAUGAAGAAGCUUGAGCCGAAGAUAUCGGAGUUUCGUAGGGUUUACUCGGCGCCGGAGAUUAGCAGGAAGGUGAUGGAGAGGUGGGGGCCGGCGAAGGCGAAGCUGGGGAUGGAUUUAUCGGCGAUUAAGAAGGCGAUUGUGUCGGAGAUGGAGAUGGAUGAGUUGGAGAUGAGGAGACGGCGUGUUGAUAGCGAUAGGUUUAGGGAGUUUUACGCGGAGAGGGAGGGAGAGGAGGGAGGUUUUGGAGAUUGGAAGCCGAUUAGGUCUUUGAAGAGUAGGUUUAAAGAGUUUGAGAAACGAAGCUCGUUGGAGAUAUUGAGUGGUUUUAAGAACAAUGAGCUUGUGGAGAAGCUUAAAACCAGCUUCCAAUCACUUUACAAAGAAACUGAUGAGGCCAAGGAUGUGCCACCACUGGAUGUACCUGAACUUUUGGCAUGUUUGGUUAGGCAGUCUGAGCCUUUUCUUGAUCAGAUUGGUGUAAGAAAGGAUUUGUGCGACCGAGUAGUAGAAAACCUUUAUAAAUGCAAGAGCCAACACCUCUGGCGCCUGCCAUCUGCACAAACAUCUGAUUUAGUUGGAAAUGAUAACAACCAUGUUGAUGAUUUGGAUAUGAGGAUAGCCAGUGUUCUUCAGAGCACAGGACACCAUUACGAUGGUGGCUUUUGGACUGAUUUUCUGAAGCCUGAGACGCCAGAAAGCAAAAGGCACGUGGCAAUAGUUACAACAGCUAGUCUCCCGUGGAUGACUGGAACAGCUGUAAAUCCGCUGUUCCGAGCUGCCUAUAUGGCGAAAUCUGCAAAACAGAGUGUUACACUCGUGGUUCCUUGGCUCUGCGAAUCUGAUCAAGAACUAGUUUAUCCAAACAAUCUCACCUUUAGCUCACCUGAAGAACAAGAGAGUUAUAUACGUAAAUGGUUGGAGGAAAGGGUUGGUUUCAAGGCUGAUUUUAAAAUCUCGUUUUACCCAGGAAAAUUUUCAAAAGAAAGGCGCAGCAUAUUUCCUGCUGGUGACACUUCUCAAUUCAUACCGUCAAAAGAUGCUGACAUUGCUAUUCUUGAAGAGCCUGAACAUCUCAACUGGUAUCACCACGGCAAGCGUUGGACUGAUAAAUUCAACCAUGUUGUUGGAAUUGUCCACACAAACUACUUAGAGUACAUCAAGAGGGAGAAGAAUGGUGCUCUUCAAGCGUUUUUUGUGAACCAUGUAAACAACUGGGUCACACGAGCAUAUUGCGACAAGGUUCUUCGCCUCUCUGGAGCAACACAAGAUUUGCCAAAAUCUGUUAUAUGCAAUGUCCAUGGUGUCAAUCCCAAGUUCCUUAUGAUUGGGGAAAAAAUUGCUGAAGAGAGGUCCCGUGGGGAACAAGCUUUCUCAAAAGGCGCAUACUUCUUAGGAAAAAUGGUGUGGGCUAAAGGAUACAGAGAACUAAUAGAUCUGAUGGCUAAACACAAAAGCGACCUCGGGAGCUUCAAUUUAGAUGUGUAUGGAAACGGUGAAGAUGCAGUCGAGGUCCAACGUGCAGCACAGAAACACGAUUUGAAUCUCAAUUUCCUCAAAGGAAGGGAUCAUGCUGACGAUGCCCUUCACAAGUACAAAGUGUUCAUAAACCCGAGCAUCAGCGAUGUUCUAUGCACAGCAACCGCAGAAGCAUUGGCCAUGGGGAAGUUCGUGGUGUGUGCAGACCAUCCUUCAAACGAGUUCUUCAGAUCAUUCCCAAACUGUCUAACUUACAAAACAUCCGAAGAGUUUGUGAACAAAGUGCAAGAAGCAAUGUCGAAAGAGCCGUUACCACUAACACCCGAGCAGAUGUACAAUCUUUCUUGGGAAGCAGCGACGCAGAGAUUCAUGGAGUAUUCGGAUCUCGAUAAGAUCUUAAACGAUGGAGAUGGAGGAAAAAGGAUGAGAAAAUCAAGAUCGGUUCCGAGCUUUAACGAGGUAAUAGAUGGAGGAUUGGCAUUCACACACUAUGUUCUGACGGGAAAUGAUUUCUUGAGACUGUGCACUGGAGCAACACCAAAAACAAAAGACUAUGAUAAGCAACAUUGCAAGGAUCUGAAGCUUGUUCCACCUCAAGCUCACAAGCCAGUCUUUGGCUGGUAGAAGUUUUACCAACAGUUAUUGCUUUUUAGAUUUGUUUAAAGUAAACCACUACUACGUUUGUUAUUUGCUAUGAUAGUUGUUGAAGGUCGUUUUGUUAAUAGAUAGGUAGUAGAGAAUGUCAUUUUGUGGGCUAUUUUGUAGGGUAUUAAAUAGAAAGCGUUGCCAUAUGUAAAAAUAUACUCCUUGUGUUUCAAUAUAUAAAUAUAAAUAUUUU